UUUAGACUACCAGACAACAUAAGUUUAGAUGAAGGAGCUGUAAUAGAACCUCUUGCUUGUGCUGUUCAUGGCUGUAAAAGAGCUGAAAUCUCUGCCGGAGAUAAAGUAUUGAUAUGUGGAGUAGGAACAAUUGGUUUAUUGAGUAUGUUAACAGCAAAACAAAUGGGUGCUUCCAAGAUAUGUGUCACUGAUAUUUCGAGUAGUCUCCUGGAAGCUGCUAAACAUCUUGGAGCAGAUCAUGUUGCUUUGGUUGAGAGUCAAGAUGCACAUGUCAUAAUAACUAAGAUUCAUCAAGCUCUAGGUGGACCACCAGACAUCACCUUAGAAUGUAGUGGUACAGCAAGUGGUAUCAGCAUGUCAAUUCCAGUAUGUUAUUGUUCACAGGCAACCAGAUCUGGAGGAGUUGUUGUGUUAGUUGGUCUUGGGCCACACAAUGUUACUUUGCCUAUCAUCGAUGUAAUUGUUCGUGAAGUUGAUGUCAGAGGGAGCAUUCGGUAUGGAAAAUGUUACUCUAUUGCAUUGGAUCUAAUUGCUUCAGGCAAAGUGAAUGUAAAGCCCUUGAUUACCCAUCAUUUUAAGUUGGAAGAUUCUGUGAAAGCAUUUGAAACUUCAAGAAACGGAGACGGAGGAGCCAUCAAAGUCUUGAUCCAUUGUAACCAAGAAGCUUCAAUAUAAAGCAUAUUCAUGUUUGUUUUAAGAGAAGAUUACCUAAAUGUCAGUAGACUGAACAAAUACAUAUAUUA